AUGUCUUCUGCAGAACAAAUCAAACAGGACUACAAUAAGUCCGCCAAGUCUUAUAACGAUGCCAGUCAUGUACCAUCAAUCACGCUGGAGUCCCAGCUCAUCAAGAUGGCUCUUGGUGAUGCUUCAGGACUAAUUGCGUUAGACUUGGGCGGCGGCGCAGGCCUUCACGCUCGUGAAGCAAUUGAGCUCGGUGCGGCCCGUGUGGAUAUAGUCGACUUAUCUUCGGAAAUGCUCAAAGUCGCUCAAGACGUGGAGGAAUCAAUUGGUCGCAAAGACCGCAUCCGUUGCUACGAGGCCAAUGUUGCCAAACCGAUGGAUCAUGUUCCUCUCGAUAAGGAAUACGAUAUUGUUAUGGCUAAUUGGAUUUUUGACCAUGCGUCCGAGAUUGAGAUUCUUGAAGGAAUGUGGCAGAAUAUCUCCAAAUACCUAAAGCCUGGCGGCAUCUUUGUCGGCGUACGUGUUGCCGACCUCCACGGACCAGCCGCAAGCGAUGAAAAGUACGGAGUCUCCAUGCAAAACCCUCAGCCCGUCCCUGGAGGCUUCACAUAUACCACCAUCGUCCACGCGGACGAGCCUUGGAACUUUCAGGGUACAUCAUUAGAUAUAAGCCGCUUGGGUUCGUUUGAGCUACAUGAAAAAUACGGCCUGGAGGACAUUCGGAUUAUGCCACAUGAGAAGGCUGUGGCUAUGCAAAAUGAUCCGAGUUUCUGGGAGCUUUGGCGGCAGAGGCCGGUCUUUUCAGUAGUCCGUGGCAUUAAGAAAGUUCAAAAUUAG